GAUAAUUCAACAACAGCAGUGGCUCGACAGUUCAUUCUUCCACCAAGGAUCCAUCAGAUCAGUCCGUUUGCCGGCACCAUAUCAGCUACUGACCCCUCAGUUAUGGCCUUCCGUGGGAUUCCGGAGACAAGUUCUGAGAUACCUUCACAGCAGAUUGAGAAUCAAAUUGCACAUUUGAACGAACUUACACAACAGCUUCGUGGUAUGCCACAGUCUCCUUCCAUUACACAAGUAGGCAAAGGCCUACCGAUACCGCUUUCUAGGUAUGCUGCACAGAUAGAGAAAGGAGCGUCUGAAAAUGGUGUUAGCCGUCCAUUAGGAGUUGAGCCAAGCUAUUUUAGAAAUAUAGCGGGAAACCCAUUGACUGGACCCAAUGGAUUAACAAAAGAAGUCCUUUCAGAUCUGAUGUUUGGAAAUCUUAAAAGCCUAGCAUCGGUGGGAGGAUUAACAACUGCUAAUAGUCCUGCGGAAGACAAUGGAUUGUCGCCUCAAAUGACUGGAAACUCUGAAUUGAGUGGAUUUAACAGUCCCUUGCUUGAAGAAAAGUUGGCAAAAUCACAAUCUGGAAAAUCAGGCCUUGGUCUACCCCUCUUGCCAAAUGAAAGUAUGGAUUUUAAUGACCUACCGAACAGUGAUCUCGACAAUAUAAACAAGACCCCAUAUCUCCAAUCGAGACAUCAUGCCAAAAGCAAAAGGAAAAAGAAAGAUAAUAAGUCUGAUGUUGUCACGAAAUUGCUACUCUCUCUAUUGGUUGACAAAUUAAAAGACAUAUACGAAAUUGAUAAAAUGAACAGCUCACAGCGUAAGACGUUGAAACUGGAUUCGUCGACGGUAGGAAAAAUCGAGAACACUCUGAAGGAACACGGCCAUCCGUCUGACCACAACAAACUUAGUUCUGGAAAAGAUGUAAAUAAGGAGGCCAAAACAUCUGAAAACUUCGAAACUAAUCUCUCGUUCCCACUAACCUUCUCUGAUACUAAAGGGACUCAGUUAUCACUUGUAGAUUCCCCGAAGAAUGACAAAGAUGACAGUUCUUUACUUGAUGUCGACACGAAAAACAUCGAGAAUAUUAUCAAAGGUAUUGAAAAUGGGGGUGAAAAGUCUAAUGAAACCGAAAGCAUCAGAAUUGAUUCGGGUAACAGUCCUCAAGAAAUCUCCCAAAAGACAACUAAAACUCUUUCACCAGACAUAAACCACCUUCAAACGGGAUCUACGUCCGAGUUUCAUCGUGUUAAAAUGGAACCUAUAGGUGAACUUGGAAAAACUGCGAACAUACCGAGUAUUUCUGAUUAUCACCCAACUUUAGAAGUUUCCGAGGCAAACCCUCCGUCUGAACAAAUGUUUGAAGUACAUACUGACAAAGCAACAAUAUCAACGUUACCUACGUUUUCCAUCUCCAGUCUAUUAAAUCAGGAAAUACCUGGAACUGUCAAAGGAAGUAACCGAGUCUUAAAUGUGGUAAAGGAAAACGAGUCCGGGAGUCUUACUGGUUCUAACUCAGCAACAGUGCCUGUCACUACUACAGAAACUGAAGAACAUAAAGGUAUAACUACAAGUGCCAGUGAAAAUGACGCCGCUAAUUAUCUUGAGGCUUCUAGAGUUCUGGGUGCUGUUUUCAAUAAAGUGAAGGAUCCUCUGGCUAGGAAAAGCGUUGAAGUCGCUAUCAAAGCAAUGUUGAAAUUAAUGAAGUCAGAAAACAGCUAUUCUAAAAAGGAAUCAGUUCCAUCGUCCAAAAGCUCGUCAAUACUUCAGGAAAAAGUAAAAAAACUGAUGAAAACUAUCCAUGAACUUUCUAAAAUGGUUCAUGUUGAAGAUGAUUCUCCGCAUGGAAAGCACAAAAAGUACUCCCGUGUAAAGCAUAAGCUUUUUCAUAAGCGAUUUUCACAGAAACGAACAAUCCAUCACAGGACACGGGUGGGAAUGCACCAUCUUAAGAGAAAACAUCAAUGGAAUAAUUAAGAGUUUUGUCACAUUAAUUAUACCAACUCUAGGAAAUAGAUUUAAUAAUCCGAAUACCUGAUACUAUAAUACAAGCAAAUAUGAUAUUUAUAAUAACAGUUUCGGUGACGUUUGAAAUCUAAUGUACUUAAGUCGAAUGGAAGAUAGCUAUAUUGCGGGUCCCCAGACCAAUAAUUUUCUGGUUCUUUGCCACCUUAGUACUUCUUUUAGGAUUCAUUUGGACCUUAAUAAAGAUAACUUACCAAGCUAAGCGAAACUCAUGUUAUAAGUAGCUCUGAAAUUCUUUUACUCUUAUUAAAUUAUAGAAUUACGGGCAACCAUUCUAUCAAAGUACAGUUAGAUGUGGAGGGUUGUGUUUCUUUGAAUUUGGUUUGAGUACUAAAUUGUAAAGAGGCAUAGUUUUCUCAUUUACGAGUUAUCAGGCUUCUCACCUGGGAGCAGAUCGGCAAAAACCUAGCUCUAACGGCUAUCAUAAAUCAUGAUUGUUCCUUGAUUCCAGCUGUCACUCACUGCACAGAAGCAUUUAGGAUUGUUGGUUAGGAUUGUAGAGGUAAGAAUGAGAAAUGGAAAACCUCAAAAAACCUGGCCGGUUAGCUCUGGCAUACCCUACGAUCAGAUGUUCGUUUCACGGCGGAGCACAGUAGAAGAAGGCAGAGAGGGAGAAGAAAAAGAAAGACGUGUAGAACCGCGAGGGUCGACGGUUGAGCCCCACCCGCCAACUAUUGCGCUGCUACAGUAUUGUGUCUCUAUGCAUAUGAUAUAGUCAAAGUUUCGGUCAACAGCCGAAUUCUUUAGUUUUGGUUGCACUGUUACAAUUUAAGCCAUCAUCUAUGACAUAACCACACACCCUGCCCACAAACGAAAAGGAAAAAUAAGGUUGUAAGAUGUGACUUAAGUUAACAAUUAGUAACGUUAGGAUUAAAUAAUGUCGCGUUCUAGAGAAAAAAGGUUUCUUCCUUCAAAUGCACCUCUUCCCUAGCGGUAUAAGUGAUUUAAGGAAACCGUCAGGGAAAGACAAUGCAUUGCUGCGAGGCAACGGCCUAACGACGAUAAUGAACAGAAACAUUCCUUCAACGUAGCCUCUUGCUACGAGACCUGAGCGAACUCUGGCAAUACAGGUGGGGAUAAAACUAGUCUAAACAACCCCUCUAGUUGACUAAAAUUUUACUAAACAAUUUUUGAUUAAAUUUCAGACAAAUCAAUAUGUUACUGUAUAUCUACCAUACGAAUAAGGAAAAAGGAAGAAAGCUCAUUCUCCUUUCGUGUUUUCGCUUCGCUUCAUCUUUAUUACAGAAACCGAUGAAGCAGGUUGCUCAUCGAAGCGUCUAGUAUGCAAUUUCAAUGUUUUGCUUGAGUUGAUACCAACUUGAGCCAAACUUAUUACUAAGAAGCGCCAAUGAGGGAAAAUCUUUUUUCUUAACAUAUUCUCAUAGAUGUUGGUCUCUCGAGAAAGAUGAUGAUUUUAACGCUGAAUGCUCUGUUUUACCGUCUAGUAAGUUUCUUUUGAGUAAAACUCGAGCUCAAAGGAAGAGAUUUCACCAGAAUGGUCUGCUUUAAUCGAUGAUACUCUGGAUACAGAAAGAAAACAAAUAUCAGACAAAUAUUUAGCAACACUGAAAAGUGGAAAUGACAGUUUCUAACCUCAUGAAGUAAAACCAGUGGUAGAUAAGGAACUGAGCCUAAUUCAUGCAUAAGUAAUGCAGUAUAUCUUACAUCAUUUUGGUUGAGAGGGAAAACCAUCAUUAUUUCACGACAAUAGACAUUAAGAUAGUUAUAAUCAUCAUGAUUUGUCCUUUUGACGCUGUUUAGAAUUUCUCGGAAGGAUCUCUGAUGUGAGGGAAGUGGAUAACAUGUAGUAGGGUGUUUCACUAUUCCCUGGAUCGAAAUUAAGGUAAUAUCUCCCGGAUGACAUUUUCGGUAGAUCGUAGAAUAUUUUUUAAGAAAGAGCCCGGCGUAAUGCAUUUUUCGUUAAAAAAUUCACGACUUCUCCAUUGAACUUAUCCGUAACAUUUAAUGAAAUAGUAGGUUUCCUUUGCUAUUUAAACGAAACUUUAUAAUCUUAAUCACCUUUUUGGACAAAUAUAACGGUAAACUUUUUCUGAUUGACCGAACGUAUUAACGAGAUAUAUUGUAGAGCUCCUUUAACUACUUCUGUUAAUAAACAAAACAACAAUUGCUAAUUUGCAUUUCAUUUUAUUUUUGCAGUCAACUAUUACGAUGAGGGUGAUUUUGACAGCGGUCGUUUUGAUUGGGGUUUAUUGUGAGCUCUCAAAUGGUAAUAUUCUGCUGUUUGUCUGUGCUAUCUUGCAAGUAAUGAUAAUACUUAAACGUACAUUAAUGCAAGUUAAUCACUGUUACUUUGCAGGACUUCAUAAGGAUAAGAAAGAAAAGGGAGACAAGCUCGUUAGUUUUUUUCGGGACAACAAUGGGAGCGUACUUUUGCAGGAAAGUUCUGAUGCAAACAGAGAUGGGGGGAGACUCAACAUGUCACAUGUGAUUAACUCCACAAAAGAGAAGGGAAAAUCUGAGGGCAGGAAAUUGUCAACAACCAAGAGCCUCACGGGAGAGAAGGAAACUAAGCAAGGAUACAAUAAUCAUUUGCCAGUUAUAAAAAAAGUUGUCGGAAAGAAGGAAAAUAAAACUGGAAAUGAGAUUAAUGACACCAGCUCUAAGCCUAAAGAACAAAAAACCCAUUAUUAUGACAGUAGCCAAGAUAAAAAGGAACAAAAAGCUAAAUUUCGCCAGCUUCUAUGUGCGCUUUUUAAUGUUUCAAAUGAAAGUGAGGCUUGUAAAGACAAGCACCAUUCUAAGAAGGCAAUGAUAUGGCCAACGAGAAUGAUACCGUGGUUAAAGAGAGUACUUCUGAGUAAGCUGAGUCGAGGAUCAUACAAUCAAAUGCCCUUUCUAGAUGACACGAACAGUCCUAGCGAGUCAUUUUUUGGAGGAGGUAUUCAGAAUGGCUUAUCCGACAACUGGGAUAAUGAUCCACUUCUGAAUAUACGUAGAAAGCAACAUCAUGGUUUGAAAAUGGUUCCCUUGCUGAAGUCGUUAAAGGCAAAGCUGUAUGGCCAUGGAACGCUUGGUAAUUUUGGUAGCCUCAACGAGGCAUUGAAUGGUGAAGGACUUAAUGGAUUUGGCCCAAUGCCAACCCAAGGCAGCUCGAAGCUGAUUCAUCAAAUACUUGGCCAGGCUAUUGGAAGUUCCGACAGGAAUUCUGUUUUAAACGAGAUGAUGCAAGAGUUUCUUCUUGCCAACAACCGGGAAGAGACGGAAGGCAAUGAAGCAUUUCCAGACUUGGCCGAUAGAAAUAGCUUCUCGCAACUUAACAACGGUCUUCAGAGCUCUUCACUUCUUCCAGAGCCCAGCUUACAGCUACAAGGCAACAUGAGAACACCUUUGACGUCGGAGCAACCUAUUCAUGCCCAAAUAUUGGACAAUGGUGCUCUUGCACCAAUGUCCAAUCAACCAAUUGGUAAUUCUCCUUUGAAAGGUGCAUCUUUCUUAGGAGGUCGUUCUCCUAUAGGAAGAUCUCCUAUGGUUGGAAACCACUUGACAUUUCCCUCGAUGAUCAGGCCACUGGGCCCUCCAACAUCAAGAAGUUCUGAAUUUCAGAGUUCUGUGUUGGAAGCUCCUCAGAGAGAAGGUUCUCUCCUUCAAAGAGCCGGUGGAUUCGACACUCCAAUAUCGUCUUCAGUGCUACAACGCACUUCAAACCCCACUCAGCGUAUGUAUAUGGAAAAUGAAAGGGAAGAGCAAGGUAUUUCUAGUCAGGGAGAUGAUUUUGUAGAACGGAAUGAAGCCAAUGAAAGGCAUUUACCGUUGCGUCAAUCAGUGGGUAAUAAUUUGGUAAUGGAAGAAAUAAGCGACAAUCAGGCGAGAGGAGGAAAUCUUCCAAUGCAAACAAACCCAGAUUUAGAUCGUAUGUUGAAGCUUCAAUCUACUUUUAGGUCACCAGAAAGUUCUUCCAUGUCAAGGGUUGCUCGACUUGAACUCGAUUCAAAUCUUGAACAUGGGUUACGGCUACCGGUUGGCUCCAUGAGUAUGCCCUCUAUCUUAUCUAAGGACGAAGAUUCCAUAAACUUUAACGAUUUAAAUAAUGAUCGAUCCCUUGCAUUUAGAAGAGGAAAAGUUUUAAAAGGAGGGAAAAAUUUGGUUCCCUCAUCAAAGAAAGCGCAAAUGUCACAAAACAAUAAACCUAAUAUCAAGAAGAGCAGGGGAUAA